AUGGAAAUAAAGCUAGAAGAUUGGUUUAGUGAGGAGGUGAGUGAUGAAAGACUGUGGAAGGCGAAACUGGUUACAAAUUUAGCAAAAACUAAAUUUGCCAAGGCAGAAGUGAUGCUCUUGGGGCACAAGAUCGGACAUGGAAGGAAGACCCCAAGGAACCCAAAGAUGAAGCCCAUUGAGGAAUUUCCAAGACCAUCCUUGAAGAAAGACGUGCUCAGAUUUUUGGGACUGAGCAGAUUCUACCAGAAGUUUGUACCAAUCUUUAGUAGCGUGGUAGCAAUGCUGAUGGAUUUGUUAAAGAAGAACACAAAAUUUUGGUGGACAGAACAAUGCCAGGAGGCAUUUGAGAAUUUAAAGGCUGUGAUAACCACUGCACCAGUUUUAGCCACACCAAAUUUCUUGAACACUUUAAAGUUGCUAUCGAUGCCAGCGAUGUAG